GGCACUUGACAGUCAGUGCAGCAACUAGAAAACAGAAAGAAAGGGCUUUGCCAAGCCAAGUCAAGUCACCCUCAUUUCAACUCACCCUUUCUCUCCACUCUCAUCUUUUUUUUUUCUUUCUAAAAACCCUAUUCCAUUCAAUGGAUCUAAUUCAAAAUUAGAGCAUUUUGAUCCUGAGAUGGUGGAUUGAUUGAUAGAGAGGAGAGAAAUGAAGCAGAGAAAAGCGACGCAUCAGAAAUCUGUUUACAAUUAUAAUAAAUGGAAGAAGAGGAAGAUAUUUGUGAUGCUAUCAUUGUUAUUAUUGCUAGGAUUUUGCCUUGUUUUGACUCAUAAUUCUACUACUACAAAUACAACAACAAGUAGAAUCCUGACGCUCGCAUCUUUGCGCUCUCAUUUCAUUGUUCAAAAGCCUAAAAUUGCCUUUCUCUUUAUAGCUCGAAAUCGUCUACCUCUUGAUAUGCUUUGGGAUGCUUUCUUUAAGGGUCAGGAAUCUAGAUUUUCCAUUUUCGUUCACUCUAGGCCUGGGUUUCUGUUCAACAAGGCAAAUACGAGAUCUGAAUAUUUCUUAAAUCGUCAAGUUAAUGACAGUAUACAGGUGGAUUGGGGGGGAGCAUCGAUGAUCGAGGCUGAGCGCAUAUUGCUUAGACAUGCACUUGUGGAUCCACUGAAUGAACGCUUUGUUUUUCUUUCAGACAGCUGCAUACCUCUCUACAACUUCAGCUACACAUACGACUAUAUUAUGUCCACAUCAACUAGUUUUGUAGACAGCUUUGCUGAUACAAAAGAAGGUCGCUACAAUCCGAAAAUGGCUCCACUUGUUCCUGUUUAUAACUGGAGGAAAGGAUCUCAGUGGGUGGUUCUGACCAGAAAGCAUGCAGAAGUAGUAGUGAAUGACACUACUGUCUUUCCUAUGUUUCAACAGCAUUGCAAGCGAAGAUCACUACCUGAGUUUUGGCGGGAUCACCCCAUUCCAGCUGAUACAUCCAUGGAGCAUAAUUGCAUUCCUGAUGAACAUUAUGUCCAGACAUUACUGGCUCGAGAGGGCCUUGAAGGAGAAAUAACACGAAGAUCACUGACACAUAGUUCAUGGGAUCUUUCAUCUUCUAAAGACCCUGAACGCCGUGGAUGGCAUCCUGUUACCUAUAAGUUUUCUGAUGCUACUCCCACGCUUAUACAAUCUAUUAAGGAUAUUGACAAUAUUUAUUAUGAGACGGAGUACCGAAGAGAAUGGUGCAGCAGCAAAGGGAAACCAUCCAGGUGUUUUCUUUUUGCUAGAAAAUUCACUCGUCCAGCUGCUUUCCGCCUUCUUAAUAUGUCUGUGCUGGGAGCUUUCCGUAAAGCAACAAAUAAGUCAUGAUUCCUGAAUAUGGUGGAAAUGAAUAGCUACUGUAGGUAUAGAUUAGACAAUACCGGUUAGUCGCUUAGUCCUUUUUACCGGCAAGGGAAAACGUAAGGGAGGGAGAGCUGUAAAUUAGUGGGAAAGAGGGAAAUAUUCCCUUAAAAAAGAUAUUACAAAAACAAACUCCAAUACGCAUGGUGUAUAUCUUCUCCUUUUUUUUCUUUUCUUUUCAUAUUCAUAAAUAAAGAAUGAAAUGUCGUCUUU